AUGGCUGCUGGACGUGCUACUGUGGUGAGUAGCACCCAAGAAGACAUUCGCGGAUUUGGUGAAAACUAUGAAAAGGUUGAAAAAAUCGGGGAAGGAACAUAUGGUGUCGUGUACAAGGCAAAGGACAGAACGACCGGAACCAUCGUCGCAUUGAAGAAAAUCAGAUUGGAUACUGAAGAUGAGGGUGUCCCUUCCACUGCCAUUCGUGAAAUAUCCCUCCUCAAGGAACUCAACCAUCCAAAUGUCGUCAGACUACUCGAUAUCGUCCACAAUGAUGAAAAAUUGUACCUCAUUUUCGAAUUCUUGGAUUUGGACUUGAAGAAAUACAUGGAUACGACUGCGCCAUACGGAUUGUCUGCAAACCUCGUCAAGAGCUACAUGUAUCAACUCUUGAAGGGCUUGCACUACUGCCACUCUCGACGAAUCCUACACAGAGACUUGAAACCACAGAACUUACUCAUUGAUCAACACGGUGCACUCAAACUAGCAGACUUUGGUUUGGCUAGAGCCUUUGGUAUCCCACUAAGAACCUACACUCAUGAAGUCGUCACACUAUGGUAUCGAGCUCCAGAAAUCCUAUUGGGAGGCAAACACUACUCAACUUGUGUCGAUAUGUGGAGCGUCGGUUGCAUCUUUGCUGAAAUGUGUCUCCGACAUCCUCUCUUCCCUGGUGACUCUGAAAUUGAUGAGAUCUUCCGUAUCUUCAGGACUCUGGGUACUCCAAACGAAUCUACUUGGAGUGGCAUCUCUGCUCUGCCAGACUACAAACCUUCAUUCCCGGUUUGGGGUGCUCAAGACUUGGGAAAAGUGGUGCACAAUCUCGAUGCUGACGGUCUGGAUUUGUUAAAGCGAAUGCUUGUGUAUGAGCCAGGUCGUCGAAUCUCUGCCAAACAGGCAUUGGCUCACCCAUAUUUCGGAGGAAUGGAUCAAAUGUAG